AUGCCCCUGGACAACGAUUUACCACCGUCUUACGAACAAGCCAUCAACGAAACUCACACAACCUCUGCCCCUACUCCCACUCCACAACGUCCCUUUGCACCACCACCAGAGCGUCCUCCGCCCAUGCCCCAGCGUCCAACGCAACACACACCGGCUCAUGUGCUACCCUGGACCUAUCCGCAAGGCUAUUACUGUUCAAAAUGCGGCAACUCGGGCUACAAAGUGAAAAACGGACACCCGUGCAAAAGAUGCUGGGCCCGCUUCGCACAUUCGGCUCCCAAUUCCAACGUCCGCGUACAAUAUGCAGACUAUCGCUACAACAUGUACAACUCCGUCCCGGUAAGCCCCAUGCCCAUGCCCGUUUCCAUGCCCAUGUCGCAACCGAUGGGCUCAUCGCCCAUAGUGCUCCAGCCUGGAGACCCAAGAAUCGGAGGCGUGCUGUGUGGCCAGUGCAAUGGCAAGGGCAGAGUGCGAUUCUUACUGGACAAACAGAUCUGUAGUGUGUGUCGCGGGACCGGACGGGUGUUUUAG